AUGGGCACCAUCACGCACACGCACGGAGCUGGAGUUCUCCUCGAAAGAAGAUCUCCAGCUCUCUUCUGCCUUGAUGACCUUGCCGAUAGUGGAUCGGUCCGGGCGCACACCAAAGCAGGUGAAGCACCACUGUGCCAAUUCCUCGUGACGCAGCCUAGGAUUGUUGGCAUGGUGGGCACAGAUAGCACUCUUCUGGGCGAGACUUACAGCUUAGCGCCUCACCCGCGGCUCGCCUCACCCGAUGCUAACAUCACCCGCUGCUCGCAUCACCCGCUGCUCGCAUCACCCGCUGCUCGCAUCACCCGCUGCUCGCAUCGCCCGCUGCUCGCAUCACCCGCUGCUCGCAUCGCCCGCUGCUCGCAUCACGCGCUGCGCGCCUCACCCGCGACUCGCCUCACGGGCUGCGUGCCUCACGCGCUGCGCGCCUCACUCGUUGCGCGCCUUACGCGCUGCUCGCCUCACACGCUGCUCGUCUCACGCGCUGCUCGCCUCACACGCUGCUCGUCUCACGCGCUGCUCGCCUCACAAGCCACUUCGUUCGUCAAAACGUCUCGCUUUCAUCGGGACCGCCUUCUCUCGUUCGUCCCCCUCAUUUCCCCCCUUCUCCCUCUCAUUUCCCGACCUGGUCCCCCUGAUUUCACCCACUUCUCUCUCUCAUUUCCCCCCUUUCUCCCUCUUAUUACCCUCCCUUCUCCCUUUAAUCUCCCCCUUUCUCCCCCUCAUUUCCCCCCCUUCUCCCUCUCAUGUUCCUCCCUUUUCCCUCUCAUUUCCCUCCUCCUCCCUCUCAUUAACCCCCCUUCUCUCUCUCAUUUCCCCCCCUUCUCCCCCUCUCAAAUUCCCCCCGACUCGCUCUCAAAUCCCCCUCUUAUCCCUCUCACCCCCCCCCCUUCACCCCCUCAUCCCCCCCCCCCUUCUCGCCCUCAUUUUCCCCCCUACUCCCUCUCACUUCCACCCUUGCUCCCUCUCAUUUCCCCCCUUGCUCCCUCUCAGCUCCCCCCCUACUCACCAUCAUUCCCCCUCCUGCUCCCUCUCAUUCCCCCCCCCUUCUCCCCCACAUAUCCCCUCUUCUCGUUCUUAAUCCCCCCCUCAUCCCUCUCAUCCCCUCCCCCCUUCUCCCUCUCAUUUCCCCCUCUUCUCCCCCUCAUUUUCCCCCCUUCUCCCCCUCAUUUCCCCCCCUUCUCAACUCUCCUUUCCCCCCUUGCUCCAUCUCAUUUUGUCCCCAUUCCCCCUCUCAAAUCCCCCCCUUCUAGCUCUCAAAUCCCCCUUUUCUCCCUCUCUUCCCCCCCCCCUCUUCUCCCUCUCAUUUCCCCCCUUGCUCCCUCUCAUCCCCCCCCCCCUUCUCGCCCUCAGUUCUCCCCCUGCUCCCCCUCACUUACCCCCCUUCUCCCUCUCACUUCGCCCUCUUCCCACCCUCAUUCCCGCCCUUCUCCCUAUCAUUUUCCCCCCUACUCCCUUUCAUUUCCCCCUUGCUCACCAUCGUUUCCCCCUUCUCCCUCUCAGUUCCCCUGCUUCCCUCUCAUUUCCCCCCUUCAACCGUUCAUUUUCCCCCCUUCUCCCCUUCUUCCCCCCUCCUUGCUCCCCCUCCUUACAGGGUGGUUCCAUUGUUCGUGA